AUGGGAGAAAGCGCACAACGCCCGUCUUCGGGGCCAGGCCCAGUUGGGAAGAACUUUUCAUGGAUUCUGACUGUUAAUCCAUUGCUUUCUGGACAGUUACUACACUACUCACGGGUAAUGCCGUCAACUAAUGGCAAGCGAUAUCUCACGUCUACCGCGGUCUUUUUCAACGAGGUUGUGAAACUUGCCAUCUCUCUUACCAUAGCAUUAUACGAAGUUUCCAAAACGGCGCCCCCAUCAGUUCCUGCAACUUCUCUUUUCUUCUCCCUCACGUCUGCCGUUUUCUCCGGUGACAGUUGGAAGCUCGCAAUCCCCGCCUGCCUCUAUACACUUGCAAACUCGUUACAAUACGUCGCUCUUUCGAAUUUACAGGCGGCACCCUUCCAAGUAACAUAUCAGUUGAAACUCAUUGCGACUGCCAUUUUUAGCGUGAUUUUGCUGAACAGGAGCAUCUCACUGCGCAGGUGGGGGUUGCUGUUGCUCCUGCUGGUGGGGGUUGGGCUUGUGCAGAUGCCCAUUAGCAGUUCUGGGGAUAUUUCUCUCCAAGAGGAGGCGGCCGCCCAUCAUGCUUUUCCUCGGUCGCUGGAAGAAUGGAAGGCCGCCAAAUUGGAUCGGCCAAAUCUCCAUAAACGUUCGGCAACGUAUGAGGGCAUUGAAGAGGAUAUGAUGACCGCCUUUCCGCGAAUGAAUGCAGUUGUUGGUCUCUUAGCGACUCUGGGUGCGUGCGUCGCAUCUAGCCUUGCCAGUGUAUAUUUCGAAAAGGUACUGAAGGAUAGUGCAAAGUCGACCUCGCUUUGGGUCCGCAACGUUCAACUGGCCGUAUACUCUAUCUUCCCCGCGCUUUUCAUUGGUGUUGUCUUCUUGGAUGGCGAGAAGAUUGCUGCCAACGGGUUCUUCGGAGGGUAUAAUUGGGCCGUCUGGUCUACCGUGGUUACUCAAGCAAUCGGGGGAAUUGCAACAUCUUUCUGUAUAGGCCAUGCAUACCGAGAUGCGAAGAAUGUUGCUACUGCCACCAGCAUUUUUCUCACUACGUUAGGGAGUAUCUGGCUAUUUGAGUUUGAGCUCACUGGUAAUAUUUGCAUGCAAUGUGUACAUUACGCUUUGCAUUUGGACUAA